AUGUCAAAACGCAGGGAGAGCGCCAUGUCACGAUCAGCAUUAACAAGGGAGCUCUUGGGCCAGUACAUCUCAGACACCCUCAGCCACAUUCACAGAGUGAGGGAGUUCUGUGACAGGCAUUCCAAAUGGGCCCUUCAGAGGGAGACAGAACUGGAAAUGAUGAGGGACAUCAAGGAGAGGGCAGACAGAAUUGACCUUAAGUUCGACCAUGUCCGUAACUCAGCGACCAAGGCCAAGGCGUUUGGGGAGUUCGUAUGGAGCGGUCUGACCCAGGGGACUGCAGACAGUAGGCGUGAGGAGCUGGAGAAGGAGCUGGGAGCUGUACUAAAGGACACUCUGGGAGGCCUGGAGAAGCUGGAUUACUUCCUGCAUGCUGUGGAGUGUCUGGCGGUCACCUGUCUGUUGGUGUUUGAGGAGAACAGGUUCCUCUGUCUGCCUCAGGGGACGAGCCCUGCCAGUGUUCAGGCUGUCAUCAUUGCUGCCAGAAUGGCCUGCCCUCUCCUCAUCUAUUUUAAGAGGGAUGCUAAGGCCUUCUUUAUUCCCAGCCUCCUCAAUGUAGAGGUGCUGGCCUGCCAACUGGAUAGAUACAUACAAAUCAGCCAGCAGGUCUGUAAAAGGAUGGAGAAGGGAUUACAGAUCAGACCACAGCCUGAGAGUAAACUUGGUAGCUCAGUCAGUCAAAUGAUGUUUUGGAAAAAGAGGAAUGACAUCCCUGUGGUCAACCUUGGUGAUGUGAGUGAAGAGUCCAUACAAAAUAUGCUCCAACAUUUGAAUCAGCUGAGUGAGACCAGGAUGGACCCGCACGUCAGACUAACGUUCCUGUUCCAAGGGGCUGCUCAGCGCUUCAUUGGCCGGUUCAGCCAGCGCCGACCCAGGAUGGAGCAGUUUCUGACCGAGCUGGAAGAAAAUGCUGUGCAGCUGGACAGGAUGAAGCUGGGGGCUAAGAUCUCCAGUGUGGCAGGCAGCUCAGUGGGGGCGGCUGGAGGGAUCCUAUCCAUCGUGGGCUUAGCUCUGACCCCUGUCACUGCUGGGGUGUCACUGGCUCUCACCAUUGCAGGGGUCAGCCUGGGGGUCACCAGUGGGGUCAACAGUUUAACUACUGGUAUCACAGAGAUGAAAGUCAAUAGCAUCCAUGAGAAGAAAGCCAGUAAAGUCUUCCAGAAUUUCAUGAAGGAUGUGGAGAGUCUCCAGGAGUGUCUGGAGGAUGUGGCCAGGAAUAUAGAGCCCAUCCUGGGGCAGAGCAGGGUGGACAUGGUUGGAGCAAGGAAGGUGAUUGCCACCACUUGGACCAUCGGAAAACGCAUUGACUCCCUAGUUGACCUUUCCUCAGGUUUUAAGUCAGCAGAAGUCCUUAGAAACAAAGAUCUGAUCACAAGCGCUGGUAAGUUGGCGCUCCAGGAAGGCAAAGUAGCACAAAACCUGCCCAAGCUAGCCGAGGACAUCCCAGGCAUUGGACAGGUGGCCAAAGGCACCCCACUAGUCCUCUCCAAGUCAGCGCGGGCUGGUCUCAUCACCCUCAACGUCCUCUUCAUUGGCCUGGAUGUCUUCUUCAUCUGUAAAGACAGCGUCAGCCUGGCCAAAGGCAGCAAGAGUGAGAGAUCCCAGCUCAUCCGUGCCAGAUCAGCAUUGUGGCGCACAGAGAUGGACUCCUGGCAGAGGAUCCAUGACUCGCUGUGUAGAGGUCUAUUAACAUUAGAGAAAAGUCAGAUCGUCCUGGAGCAGCCAUUUUACCCUCUGGAGGAGAAGCUGAGAGGGAAGAAAUCGAUGUGUAUGACACAGUAGGACAACAUAAAUGACUGAACAGUCUUUGAAGUUAGGGCCUCUCAAACAUACUGUACAGUGGCACUUAGAAUGUUAAACAAUUAAAAAUAAAGAGAUGACACACUUUUUUCAUUUUCAUCACUCAUUCUGUACACAAGUCUAAUUUUAUAAUCAACUUUACAAUUUAAUGUUAUAAGAAAUAAAACAAUCUGUUCAA